AUGGGUCUGCCUGAGAAAAUUGAGACUCGUCUCUUCAUCAACGGAGAGUUUGCCGAAUCCUCUAAUGGAAAGACAUUCGAUAUUCAUAAUCCAGCUACCUUGAAACUCGUUGCGAAAGCAGUACAUGAAGCAUCCGAGGAAGACACUGACAGAGCUGUCGCCGCUGCAAAGGCUGCAUUUCCAUCAUGGUCGGCCCUUUCCCCAGAUCAACGUGCCCCGUACUUCAAGAAGCUUGCUGCUCUUAUUCGCGAGGCCAAUGACGAGCUGGGAGCCUUGGAGGCAGCUUCAAUGGGAAAACCUCUGGGAGCAUUCUUCGACGCCUAUGCAUGCGCUUCAAAGUGGGAGCAUUAUUCCGAGGUCGGAUAUUCCGUACAAGGCACCACGAGCGUGCAAACUCCAGGCUUCAUCAACUUGACCCUACGCCAGCCAUAUGGCGUAGUUGCUGCGAUCAUUCCGUGGAACGUACCAUUGCUCUUCCUCGCCAGCAAACUAGCUCCUGCAUUGAUCGUUGGAAACACGGUCGUUCUAAAGAGCAGUGAAAAGGCACCACUGACGUCUGCCAAAUUGGCUACCCUGGUCCAAAAGGCAGGUUUUCCCCCUGGUGUGAUCAACAUCAUUACCGGCUUUGGUAAUGUCUCUGGGUCCAUCCUCAGCCAUCAUAUGGAUGUUCGCGCACUAUCGUUCACUGGCUCCGGUCGCACUGGACGUCUAAUCCAAGCAGCUGCAGCUAAAUCUAACCUGAAGCAAGUCUUCCUAGAACUAGGUGGAAAGUCACCUGCGGUGGUUUUUGAGGAUGCAGACCUCGAAGCAGCAGUAAAGGAGACUGCAUACAGCAUCCAAUGGAACAGUGGCCAGGUUUGCAUGGCGAACUCCCGUGUCUAUGUUCAAGAUACUAUUGCGCAAAAAUAUAUCGAUCUAUUCAAGGACCAAUGGAAGAACGUCGCGAUUGGCGACCCGCUCGAAAAGGGCACUAGCCAUGGCCCCCAGGCUGAUGAGGUGCAGCACAAGACUGUGUUGCGAUACCUUGAGAUGGGGAAACAGUCUGGGGAGCUUCUGAUAGGUGGAAGCGCUCCGUCCGACCGCGAAGGGUACUAUAUCCAGCCUACCAUCUUCACCAACACACCCGAAGAUGCGCAGAUUAUGAAGGAGGAAGUUUUCGGACCUGUCGUAAACAUCAAUGUGUUUAAGACGGAAGAGGAGGUGUUGAAGAAGGCCAACGAUACCGAAUACGGACUUUACGCUGCGGUGUACACAAAGAACAUCGAUCGCGCGCUGCGGUUCGCCAAGGGCCUCGAGGCGGGAACAAUUGGAGUCAACUGCACAAGCCCUACGACUGGACGAGAUAUGCCGUUUGGUGGUUACAAAUCGUCAGGGACUGGAAGGGAGGGAGAGCCUAACUACUCGCUCAACAAUUUCCUCGAGAUCAAGACUGUCUGCAUCAAGAUCUCCACCACUGCCACCACUCCAUCAGCAACAGCAACAGCCACUGCUAGCGAACAGAUGCCUGGACCAUGUCGUUACUGUGCCAGAACUGGUGCUACGUGCAGGAUAGCAACUCCUCGUCGUAAACGUCCCUAUUACCAUGUGACCGAAGAGGAGUAUCAAUGUUCAAUGCGUAUCCUCGAGCAUUUCUUUCCCGAUCAAGAGCUCAAUCUGCAUAACCUCAGAACAAUCGCCAAAGGCAUCGUCAAUGGAACCAUCACCGGAAGCGUGACGCAGCAAACUCCUCCAUCACACGAUCAAGGAUCCUCUGGCGAAGAAGACGAUGUCCCCGACGCGGAAGCAGAGGCCGUUGUUGAGUCUGUAAAUGACCUUCACGAACCGCUUGGAUGUCUGAUGAGAGACUCCCAAGGAAGAUUCCGAUAUAUUGGUGCUCAUUCUGAGAUUCCGUUCAAUGCCGCCGUCUGCUCCAUAGGAGACGAUUCACGCAAGGGUUCUAGUAUCAUAAAUCCCCCCAAGAUUGGCUCUUAUCCUCCUGCAAUGCCUACUCCAUCGUCAUCAACAGGAGAUUCACCCUUAGGCGAGCAGUUUUACCUUCCCUCCCGAGAGACUUGUGAUAUCUACAUCUCUAAAUUCUUGGAACAUGUCCAUUGCACCCAUUGGCUAUAUUCCAUUGAAUCGUUUCUUGGACGUGUCGAUCAAACAUAUUCAUCAAUUGUCACGGAGAACACAUGCACUAGCUCAUGGCUUUGCUCGCUGUACGCCAUCUUCGCAAUUGGCUCCGUCACCUCUGGUGCAGAUGAACAAGAUGCCUCUUCAUAUGGAGGUUUACUAAGUGAUGAGAAAUCGGCAUUGGACUACGUGACAAUGGCAAAGCAAUUGAUUCCUGCAGUAUAUGACGAAGCCGACCUUGACAGCAUUCGUGCUUUGGCAAUAAUGAGUAUCGUGCUUGAGAACCUAUGCUCGCGAGUCUCUUCGUACCUUUACAUGGGCGCCAGUAUUCAGAUGGCUUAUUCGCUAGGACUUCAUCGUGACCAGGUUCCAGAUGAAAGUUCAACAUUAGAACGAGAGCAGUAUAGGAGACUCUGGUGGUCUUUGUUCAUCCUUGAGCAAGAAGUUGCUUCAAGAGGUGGUGCACCGACACUUGUCGAUGAGAGGAUGUUGAAGAUCGCCACCCCGCUACCAUCUGAGCAGAUGUUGUACCCUGGUAUGCAUACACCGCUGUCUUGGAUAUCCACUUCCGUAUCACUAUGUCGACUGAAGAGGGAUAUCAUCCAGACCGUCUACGCAGAGCGGUCCAAUACCUCACGCACGAUUUCAUUUUCAACAAUAUCAAACUUACUGCUCUCACUGCAGAAGUGGAUGCAGCAAAUUCCACCCCAUCUGAAACAUGACGUACCGGUUCCUCCUACUCACAAACGUGCGGUGGCGGUACUACACCUCCAAUACUGGGGCUCAACAAUACUUCUCUGUCGCCCAUUCCUGCUCCACCUGGUUCUCAGCUAUGCGACACUCGGCUCAAGCAAAAAGAUAUGGUUCGAGCGAAUGGGGAAAACCUGCAUCGAUGCUGCGCAGAAAAGCUUGGCAAUCCUGCAGCUGAUGGCGGCAGACAACAACCUUUCCAGCUUCACAGCAUUCGAUAGCACAUGUAUUCUGCGAAUCGUGAUGAUAUUCAUUCUUGCUUUUGGGCACACGAAGCUUCAACACUACCGCUCUAAUAUCGAAGCUGCCUUACACCUUCUGAAAGGCAUGCCCCAGGUUGGAUUCUGCAAGAUGGUCACCGAAGAGACGCCGAUGCGACUUGCUGAUUUGGGCUUGACAUUUGAUAACCAGCCAAAUACUGGAGUCCUCCUUGAUGAUGAUUUAAUCGCACAAUUAUGGGGUAACCUAGACCCGAACUUCAUGACGCCACUGCAGACUCAGCAAAGCCUCGACUUAACGUUCGAGGACUCAGGAUCCUUUGACCUAAAUUCGGAUAUGUUACAAUUCACGAGUCUAGAUGAUUCGAUACCUAUCGAUCCAUCUCAGGCAUACCACGGCUUUGGAUUCCAAUAA